CAGCAGCUUGGCUUGAAAGUGGAAAGCACUAGUCUGCAAUUGCGUAACGAACUGACUGGCGAGUAAACAAGGUGUGUGUGUGUGUGUGUGUUAGCAAGCACUGUAAAGGCAGGAGAAUAAGAGCGGCGCUGCCGUGGGCGGAAAGCAAGUCUGGCGACAUGGACGCGCACCAGACGCCGAUUACAUAUAUAUAGUUUACAUAUGCACAGUACAUUGCUUUCGUGAAAGGCUAAUGGCACUGUACAAUGAUUGCAACGUCAACAGACAUGCAGGCCACCCAUGGGGCCGUUCCUGACUUUUCAGGGACCCAAUACGAAAUCCGAUAUUGAGGUCCUACCCACACACAAAUAUAUAUAAUUAUAUAUAUAUAUAUAUAUUAUCAAAUAUUUGACAUAUAAAAAUUAUUAUGCACUAUUUUGAAGUUUAUAAGAUAACAAAUGUAAAAUAUAGCAAAAAACACUUGUUAUCUGAUAUUAUUAAAAAUAUCUUCUAACAUUUUGUGAUACAAAGUCAUCUUUUAUAUCAUUGAGAUCAAUCUGAUCCAACAACUUUUUUCCGAUAUAUAAAAUCGUCAAGCCAUUUAACAUCUUUUGAGUUAUUGUUGACCAAAAAUAGUUAAAAAACAUUUCAAUUUUUAAAAGCUUCUCUCUGCCGAAGCAACCAUCAUAUGUAUAGUUUAUAAUACUCUCCCUAUAUCAAAAUAGAAUUUGUUUUGCUUCUUUAGUGGAUUCAUCAUCAUCAAUAUAAACAUAAAAAUCAAGAACUAAAACAAAUACUAUUUUGAAACGGAUGAAGUAUUCGAUAAGUAAUUGAGACAGUUUAAAAAUAUAAGCGAGACUAGUCGAUAACUCGAUAGCGCAUCACUUCUUUACGUAUUUGUGCCUAUAAUAGAUGUGUUCAAUAGAAAAAAUGCUACCAUACAAUAGCUGGGGGCCUGUAUUUUUUUGGGCCCGUGCGGCCGCACCCUCUGCACCCCACGGCCACAGGUACGGCCCUGGCCACCCAUGGCCGCCAUGGGAUCCAUUAUAUAAUGUGUGUGUGUUUGUACUAUCCACUGCACCGGCGAGACGCGACGGCGAGUGCUCUCCACUUGUAGCAUCCACUCACUCAACUCUCCACUCCGCUGAUGAUGAUGCAUAAGAAGCGGCAGCUCUGAGCCCAAGCGUCGAUUCAGCUCAGCGCGCAGCUCACUUCAUCCGGCGUCGAUUCAGCUCAGCGUACCAGUUGGGGCUGCCUCUGACGCCCGCGAUCAUGUUUCCCGCCGCGCCGUUCGGGGCCAUCAGCCUCUUGCUGCUGGCGUGCGCCGCUGCGGCUGCGGCGGCGGACGGUGAGCGUCGACCGUACAUCGUCCGCAUGGACGCGGAGAAGAUGCCGGCGCCGUUCGUGGAGCACGAGGGGUGGUACCGCUCGGUGCUGUCGUCGCUGCCGUCCGGCGCGGCGCCGCCGGUUCACCUGUACACGUACACGCACGUCAUGCACGGGUUUAGCGCGGUGCUCAACUCGCGGCAGCUGGAGGAGCUCAAGGGCGUGGACGGGCACGUGGCCGCGUUCCCGGAGACGUACGGCCGGCUGCACACCACGCACACGCCGGCGUUCCUCGGGCUGGUGAGUGGCGGCUCGGGCGUCUGGCCGGCGUCCAAGUACGGCGACGGCGUCAUCAUCGGGAUCGUCGACACGGGCGUCUGGCCCGAGAGCGAGAGCUUCAGCGACGCCGGCAUGGGCCCCGUCCCGGCGGGGUGGAAGGGCGCGUGCGAGGCCGGCCAGGCGUUCAGGGCCUCCGCGUGCAACCGGAAGCUCAUCGGGGCGCGCUCUUUCAGCAAGGGCCUCAAGCAGCGCGGCAUCACGGUCUCGCCCGACGACUACGACUCGCCGCGGGACUACUACGGCCACGGCUCGCACACGUCGUCCACGGCGGCCGGCGCCGCCGUCGGCGGCGCGAGCUACUUCGGCUACGCCAACGGCACGGCCACCGGCAUCGCCCCGAAGGCCAGGGUGGCCAUGUACAAGGCCGUGUUCUCGGGAGACACGCUGGAGUCCGCGUCCACCGACGUGCUGGCCGCCAUGGACCAGGCCAUCGCCGACGGCGUCCACGUGAUGUCGUUGUCUCUGGGGUUCCCCGAGACGUCCUACGACACCAAUGUGAUAGCCAUUGGGGCCUUCGCCGCCAUGCGGAAGGGCAUCUUCGUCGCGUGCUCGGCCGGGAACGACGGCUCCGACGGGUACACCAUCAUGAACGGCGCGCCCUGGAUCACGACCGUCGGCGCCGCGAGCAUCGACAGGGACUUCACCGCGACCGUCACGCUCGGCAGCGGCGCGGCCGUCCAGGGCAAGUCGGUGUACCCGCUGAGCACGCCGACCGUCAGCGCGAGCCUCUACUACGGCCAUGGCAACAGGAGCAAGCAGAGGUGCGAGUACUCCAGCCUGAGAAGCAAGGACGUGAGGGGGAAGUACGUGCUGUGCACCGGCGGCCCGAGCACCGAGAUCGAGCAGCAGAUGGACGAGGUGCAGAGCAACGGCGGCCUCGGCGCCAUCAUCGCGAGCGACAUGAAGGAGUUCCUCCAGCCGACGGAGUACACCAUGCCGCUGGUGCUGGUCACCCAGCCGGACGGCGCGGCCAUCGCCAAGUACGCGACGACGGCGGCAGGGUCAGCCAGAGCCGGAGGAGGGGCGCCCAGGGCGAGCAUCCGGUUCGGCGGCACGGCGCUCGGCGUCAAGCCGGCGCCGACCGUGUCCUACUUCUCCGCCCGCGGGCCGGGCCUGAUCAGCCCGACGAUCCUGAAGCCGGACAUCGUCGCGCCGGGGGUGGACAUCCUCGCGGCGUGGGUGCCCAACAAGGAGAUCAUGGAGCUCGGAAGGCAGAAGCUCUACACCAAGUACGCGCUCGUGUCCGGGACGUCCAUGUCGUCGCCGCACGCCGCCGGCGUGGCCGCCCUCCUGCGGUCGGUGCACCCUGACUGGAGCCCGGCGGCCAUCAGGUCCGCCAUGAUGACGACGGCGUACGUGAAGGACAGCGCCAGCAACGUCAUCGUCAGCAUGCCGAGCGGGUCACCGGGAACGCCGCUGGACUUCGGCAGCGGCCACGUCAGCCCCAACGAGGCCGUGGACCCUGGCCUCGUGUACGACGCGGCGGCCGACGACUACGUCGACUUGCUGUGCGCCCUACGCUACAGCGGCAGCCAGAUAUCCACCAUCACCGGGCGGCCGAACCCCAGCUGCGCCGGAGCAAACCUGGACCUGAACUACCCGUCCUUCACGAUCAUCCUCAACAGGACCAACUCGGCCACGCACACGUUCAAGAGGGUACUCACAAACGUCGCGGCCGCACCGGCUAAGUACAGUGUGUCCGUGACGGCGCCGGCAGGGAUGAAGGUGACGGUUUCGCCGACGGCGCUGUCCUUCGGCGGCAAGGGCAGCAAGCAGCCGUUCACAGUCACGGUGCAGGUCAGCAAGGUGAAAAGGAACUCAAAUGACUACAACUACGCUGGGAACUAUGGGUUCCUGAGCUGGAACGAAGUUGGAGGCAAGCAUGUUGUCAGGAGCCCGAUAGUCUCUGCAUUUGCCCAAUGACCGGGGAAGACAUGUUAGCAAUGCACGAACAAAAAAAUAAGACUAUAAGGUAGAAAAGAUAAUUAUUAUAUUUACGAUUCAUCCUGAUCAGGAACAUUAAGAAAUAUAGAUAGACUGAACAAAAGGUGGGGAGAGCAUCGACAGAUACUGCAGUUGACAAGUGUAUUUUAUACCUGAUAAAUCAAAUUAUAGGUUUCUCAAGUAUUA